CCGCAGCACUUACGGAGUGUGGACGGGAUUCGGUGGUGAGGGUAGUUACCAUGGAGUUGGCGCUGAGGUAGUGGGACGCCGAGGCUGGAGGGAAAGCAACUGCGGGGGUAUUUCCAUUUUAACAGAAAACAAUCCCUGAACCCAAAGGAAUGAAUCCCUAAUGGUGGAGUUUCAGGCAUUGGUGACAGGCUGAACCCGGACUCCCAGGGCCAGUGCUUACACCUGACAAAUGAUGGCCUGAGCUAUGAACAGACAGGACUAUAUGAACACUUCGGUGCAAGAGCCCCCUCUUGACUACUCCUUCCGAAGCAUCCACGUGAUCCAAGACCUGAUGAGCGAGGAGCCACGGACAGGGCUACGACCGUUAAGGCACUCAAAGUCAGGGAAGUCACUGACCCAGUCCCUGUGGCUGAACAACAAUGUCCUCAAUGACCUCAGAGACUUUAGCCAUGUGGUUUCUCUGCUUCUGGAACAUCCAGAGAACCUGGCCUGGAUUGACCUGUCCUUCAACGACUUGACUUCCAUCGACCCUGUCCUGACAACUUUCUUCAACCUCAGUGUACUCUAUCUCCAUGGCAACAGCAUCCAGCGCCUGGGAGAGGUGAACAAGCUGGCUGUCCUCCCACGGCUCCGGAGCCUGACACUCCACGGGAAUCCCAUAGAGGAAGAGAAGGGGUAUAGCCUAGGUUGCCCACGUGUCCCCAGUUUCCAACAACACGAGACAAGAGCUGUGGGAUUCUGCCCUAUCACCUCCCAACUCCUCAACACAGCCCCUCCUCCUUAAAACACAGGUUAAGUGUGAAAGGGCCAGAAAGACAAAAUGCUUGCCAGAGAUCAAACUAUCUCAAAAGAAAGCUGGCUCCCUAAUGAACCCUGAGUUUGCUUCCUGUGUGUCAUCCUUCCCCCAGCCCUACUUCAGACAGAUCUUCCUGCAGGACAGGGCAGUUUUCCCCCCAUCAGGGGUCCUUCAAGAACAAUGUUUUCCUGAGACCUAGACUCCCAGAAGAAGCCAGGCUACCCUCAUCACAGUGGACAAAUCACUUCACUUCACCCCCUCACAGAAGGCCAAGUGCAGCAUGGAGGGGAUUUUCACACCUAAGUUUGUCCCUGAGUCAGUGUCAACCCAGGGGUCAGGAUUUCACCAUCUACCCUAGCACAGACACAUAUAUGUGGCCUGCCCAUGACUACCCACCUGGUCUAUGGGCACAGCUCAAAGAGACAGCUUGGCCCAAUGGAUAAAGCACAUGGCUUGGUAUCAAGACACCAUGGCUACGUCACUACUCAGCUCUGUAUCAUUGGCUAAACCACUUAGUCUCUC